ACGUUUUUGCGGGAGCCAAUCACCCAGCUGGCUUUUCCCCUCGGCGCACUAUUGGCUGGUUUAACACAAUGACGACAGGGAAGCGACGGCAAGCAGCCAAUCGCGUACAGAGUCAGUUGAACUAGGCCCGUUGCUCAUGCCACUCGUGCUGAAGAAAAUGACGGCAGCUUCCCCAGUCCAACGUUCAAUCUACGAUUGGCUUGGUCUGGUAAGAGCCAGGCUAGUCUGGCCCCAGAUACAAUCUGCCAAAAAGGACAAAUUGGACAAAUAGGCUUUUUGCCAUUUAACUUUUGGAUAACUACGUGAUUUUAUAUUUCACUCAUUUAAGCAAUUAUUUAUGUUUGUCUGAUGGGUAUGAAUUUACUGCUUAGUUUCUUCUACAAAUGGUUCCUUUAGGGAUAAUGCAAAAAUCCUUGAUCGUUGAACCCAAGUUCAUCAAACGAUGCCAGACUGCAGCCGCUUUUCCUCACACGUCACCCUCUGGGCAGACGAAAGGUGAGAUCAAAUGUUCUGACUUCCGCUCUUCCCCAGGUAUCAUCAGUCUGCCCGCUCUGGAAGCGCCCGACCAGGAGGUGAAGAUGGAGGAGAGCCCCCCCAGCAGCUCAGCCAUGCUGACGCCAGAGUCCGAGGUCUCCUCCGGGGACUCCGUGGCUCUGUCGCCUCCCCAGGUGUCCCCCUCCCCGCAGCAGCCCUCCGAGACCGCCUCCGACGCCGGGACCCCAGAGUCCGUCGGUUCCGUGGGCACGGACCCGGGGACGGACCCGGGGACGGGCACGGGCACGGGCACGGGCACGGUCAGCCCUGGGCUCACCGCGGAGGGUGAGGCAUGCACGGAGGAAGACAAGGACGACGCCAUGAAGGGCAAAGCACACCUCCACUGCCCGGUCUGCAAGGUCACAGUCAACUCCACCUCCCAACUGGACGCGCACAACACCGGCACCAAGCACAAACUGAUGCUGGAGGGUCAGCCUGUGCAGCCGCGGCGCCGGGGCAAAGCGGUGGCGGCCCGGUCCGCCUGCAAGAGCAAGCGGCUGGGCACCAAGGGCAGCGUGGGGGUGCCCAGCAAGAACUUCCAGUGUGAGGUGUGCGAGAUCUUCGUCAACUCCGAGACCCAGCUCAGUCAGCACAUGAACAGCAGGAGGCACAAGGACCGAUUGGCAGGCAAACCCCCCAAACCCAAGUUCACCCCCCACAACAAGACCCCGCAGAGCACCAGCUUAGCGAGCGUCCGGUGGAGUGGCUAUGCGGGCGGGGCGGUGUCGGCCAUGAAGAAAGUGUUCAGCCAAUACAACCUCACCUCCCUCUCCUCGCAGACCAAGCUGGCCUUGCAGAAGCAGCUCACCAAGACCCUGACCGCCACGAGCUUCCUGCCCAGCGCGCUCACCCAGCCGGCACUGUGCGCUAUGGCUGCCAACCCCCUGGCCCUGAGGCACCCGGGCGGCACCACCACCUUCAUCCAGAACCCCUUCCUGGGACCCACACUGUUCCGGCCCGCCCCAGGGCCUCUGAGGGCCACGCACACGCCCAUCCUCUUCUCCCCCUACUGAAAACAAAACAGAAAGCCGGGGCUGGCUCCCUAUUCGUCCACCCAGGGUUAAUGACCGCAAUGUUACCCCCCCACCCCCCCCCCCCCCACCCCUACCCACACCCCGUUCAUCCUUAGUGUGACCAACUCCAUAAGGGCCACACACUGAAAACUAUGCAGCCCAUCUGACCUAAGACAUAGAGAGAGGGAGAGGGAGAGAGAGAGAGAGAGAGGGGGAGAGAGAGAGGGGGAGAGAGAGAGAGAGAGAGAGAGAGAGAGAGAGAGAGAGAGAGAGAGAGAGAGAGAGAGAGAGAGACCGGGACAGGCACAGGGAAAGGAGGCUCUCUCUCAUAGCCAUUCGUGUGGGUCAACAUGGUUCAUCCAUAGUGUUGUCGUGUCACUUGUUAGAGAACAAUAAUAGGAAAAUCUAGUUGUAAAUAUGGUGUGGUCCGCCAAGAAUAAGCUCCCUUUACUCAAUGCUCUUUUUCUGCUCUAUUUUGUUUUGUUCUGAAUUAGCCAUGAGGGGGGGGGGGGUGCGGGGGAGAAGUUAAUUAAUAGUUGGUGCGGUUGUGUCUUUGGCCUUGUCUGCAGCGGAGACACGAGCCGUGCGUUUCGGCUGGAAAUGCUCUCGGCUGUGCCCCUGAGCGCUCUAGAUCCCCUCAGAAGAACCUCGUCAGAACCUUCUAGUCCAUCCCCCCCAACCCCGCACGUAACCUUAGUGACGUGCACCUCAGCCUCCUCCUCUCCUUCCUCCUUUUUUUUGUUCAUGUUGUUCAGGGUGUUCAUUCACACAGAUCAGACAGGCAGACUUCACAAUGAUUCAGCCAUCCCCCCCCCCCCCCCCCCUCCCCCCAAUUCCAUCUGCUGUCUAAUUCACAGCCAGGGUCAAAUGCCUUCUUUAUUUAUUUCCUAUCCCACGUCCUCAGGAUUUAGCGCUCAUGAAUAACCCCCCCCGCAAAGCUAAAAGAUCAAACUGUUUCUGCCUUUCUUUUUUUGGUUUGUGAUAAAGACUUCUUCCGCGGCCUCAUUGUGACGGUACACCCACGCCAUGAUCAUCUUCCAAAAACCAUCAGCGCACACAGAUUAUCACUGAAGUUGGUGUUUUAUCAUUGUGAAUUCUUGUUCUUCUUUGAUUGAUGAAUUUCUGCCUUUCUUUGCCCGACAGGCCUUGUUUUCCUUGCCAUUUGUGUUUGUUAUUUGAUAAUACAAUAAGACAGAAAAAUAUAGAAACAUAAUCGACAAAAAAAAAAUACCAACGGGUCACAUUGACAAAACCAUCACAGAAAAUAUGACGGGCAAAGUCUGAGCUUUCCAAACUGGUGUCAUCCAACCGUGCGGUUGGAUGCGCAUGUGAACAGCUCACCCUACUCCACGCUGAUCAAGACAAACAUUUACACCUAUCGAAUGACGGGAAUAAGGCACAGUGCCAUGGCAACCACAUUCAAAGCACCUUAAAGCUCAUUUAAUUACAAAAGCAAUUUAAGUAGCUUUUGUUUUUUUCUUAAUUUUUUUUUUCAAACAAACUAAUGCCAAUUCAACUGAACAUUUCAGUUAAACAUAAACAAUCAAGUGGGAUCAGAUUCUGACUUUAAAACAUGACACGUCAGGAUUCUCAAUCUCAUAUUUUAAAGCAAUACAUCCGAUAUGUUUGAAAUGUGUUACUGUGUUUUUAUCUUUGUGUGGGUGGCUUUAUUUGGUCUAUAAUGUACAGUCUCGUGUCUCCAGCUAUGAACUCCCAUGUACCCUGUUCCUCUCAUUCGGAAGUGUCUGUGAAGAGGAAAAUUAAGAGACUGGGACUUCAUUGAUGCCAUUGCUCUUAAUGCUUUCAUGUUGUCAGGAUCCUUACAUGGAGACACAGUUGAUGUGCCCCAUUCAUUGUUUUUUUUAUUCUCGUACUGUAAAAGAGAGAAAGGGUACUUCAGCUACAUCUGACUUUACUGUUUCACAAGAUUAAGAAAAGAUAUGUGUACGGUUUUCUUCUUAGAAAUAUCAUGUUGAAGAGAAAGUUGUUCCAAGUGGUGUCAGAUUUCAUACGAUCUUGAUGGGUUUGUCCGUCACUCCCCCAUAUCUACCAUUCUUUCUUUGGGAGGACGAUUCUUAUCAACCUUCCCCAACGCCCUACCAAACAACACUCAUAUCACUUAAACUAAGAGUAACGGAGAGAAAAUCCUAUAGAUUUUCAUUGUGCAAUAUACAGUAUGUAGUUGUUUUUGGUGUAACAGUGCCAUCUGUUGUAAAAACCUAGUAAUUGCGACAAGUGCUUGUGCUUCUCCAUGAUCUUGGGUCUUGCGAUUGCAUCUAAGGACCUCCAAGUCUUUUCCAGAGGUCUCUUAUCGCCAUACCAAUGUGUGUUUUAACACCUACUCUCUUACACAAUAUCAAAAGACUGGCCAUGCUUUCAACAUCCUAAUUUGUCCAGUUUGUCUCUAGGAUUCAAUGGAAAAAUCGGAGCUACAGAAAGCUAAGGGAGUACCUCCUUAAAAUAAAAAAUCUACAUAAGGUUUUAUUAUAUGUAGAAAAUAUAGAAUAACUAUAGAGAUUUAUCAGGGUUACUAUUGUUUCUGUAAUUUCAUGAAAUGUUGUUAUUAUAGACGAGAAUAGAUUUGUUAUUGUAGGAUAUAUGUGGUGGACACUGCUGUAUGACAGAAGUUCUUUGUUUUUGUAUAAUUUAUGUGCUUUUUGCUUAAGUACAGACAUACAAAAUGAGUGCUUCAGUGAGUUUUUUCUAAUCUUUCUUUCAAGGUCCAUCGAUUAAUACCGGGGUUUAUGUUUGAGAUCAUAUCUUAAAUUCACAUGAGAAAGGCCUUUUCGCACAACAGUGAGAUGACGAUGAUAAUCUGGCCAUCUGUUGUGUGUAUAUUCAUUUGUGGGACCAGAGGGCAGACAACACUGUACGUAGGAGUCAAAGCUUACAUUCAAAAACAAAUGUGCUUUCCCGGAAAAGAUUUUGGAUGAUAACGUUUUUAGAAAUUGCUAAAAAAUAAAGAAUACGUAACUAAA